AUGACUCCUGAAGUUCAGGGAGGUCUUUGGACAGAUGCUUCACAAGGUUGUAAAAUUGUUAUGGAGCAAGAACGAUUAAUUGAGGGUGAUUUCCAAGUGUUGGGCGAUUCGUCAAGCUCAAAUGGAGUUGAUACUCCACAAGUUGGGAUGUGUUUUUCAGCUGAAGAAGAAGUUCGCGAUUUUUACAAAUCCUAUGCCCAGAUUCUUGGUUUUGGUAUUGCAAAGCUGGGUUCCAAAAAAGGAGAUGAUGGCCCGCUGAAGUAUUUUUCAUUCGGAUGCUCUAAAAAUGGUAAGACUGCUCCUAGAGUGAAAAAUUCUUUUUAUCCUAGACCAUGUAGCAAAACGGAUUGCAAAGCAAAGAUUAAUAUUACAGUUCAGAAUGAUGGAUCAUGUGUCAUUACGAGUAUUCAACUUGAACAUAAUCAUGCACUAAGUCCAAGAAAGUCAAGACAUUUUAGAUGUAAUAAAGUGUUAGAUUCCCAAACUAAGAGGAAAUUAGAGUUGAAUGAUCAAGCGGGAAUAACUUUGAGUAAGAGUUUUCAAUCAUUUGUUGUUGAAGCUGGUGGCUAUGAAAACUUAUCAUUUGAUGAGAGAAAGUGUAGAAAUUAUGUGGCUGAAUCACGGAGAUUAAGGCUUGGGAAUGGUGAUGCAGAAGCCUUGAAUAAUUACUUUUGUCGUAUGCAAAGUAUAAAUUCAAAUUUCUUUUAUGUGAUUGACGUAGAUGAAGAUUCUCCCAUAAGAAAUAUAUUUUGGGCUGAUGCAAGAUCUAGGGCUGCAUGUGAUUCUUUUUCUGAUGUCAUUACAUUUGAUACUACAUAUCUUACCAAUAGUUAUGAUAUGUCAUUUGCUCCGUUUGUUGAAGUAAAUCAUCAUGGUGAAUCCAUAUUACUUGGUUGUGGUUUGAUAUCUAAAGAAGAUUCUGAAACUUUUAUUUGGUUAUUUAAAUCAUGGUUGACAUGCAUGAGAGGACGAGCUCCACGAGCUAUUAUUACAGAUCAAUGCAAAGCCAUGGAAAUUGCAAUUGUUGAGGUAUUUCCGGACUCUCAUCAUCGUUUAUAUCUUUGGCAUAUUAUGAAAAAACUUCCAAUGAAGUUUAGUAGUCAUGCCAACUAUAAGUUGAUAAAGAGAAACUUGAAGAAUAUUGUUUACAAUUCUAUGACAUCUGAAGAAUGUGAUAACAACUGGAAAAAAUUGAUCGAAGAAUUUAACUUAGAGAAAAAUGAUUGGUUGAAUUCUUUAUAUGAGAUUCGUCAUAAGUGGAUGCCUGUAUAUGUGAAAGAUAAAUUUUGGGCAAGGAUGUCGACAAGUCAAAGAAGCGAAAGUAUGAAUGCAUUUUUUGAUGAUUAUGUUCAUUCAAAAACAACUUUGAAACAGUUUAUUGAACAAUAUGGCAAUGCUUUAAAAAGCAAGAUUGAAAAGGAAGAUAAUUCUGAUUUUGCAUCUUUCAAUUCAAUCAUUCCAGUUAUCAGUGGCAAUCCAAUUGAAAAACAGUUUCAAAGUGUUUACACUAACAAAAUAUUCAAGUUGUUUCAAGAUGAAUUGCGAGGUUUGAUGUUUUGUAACACUACAUUUGUGAAGCAAGAAGGGUCAACACUCUUUUUUGAGGUGACAGAAACUAUAUAUGGGAAAGAGGGAGCAACUAAAAAAAAUGUUUCAUUUUGGACAUUUGAUGUCAGUUAUGGUGAAAAAAAUAUCACUAUAGUUCCAGAAAAUUAUAUAUUGGAACGAUGGCGCAAAGACAUUAAACGUGGAUAUCAAGGAAUCACCAAUAUAUAUGAUGAUUCUUGUCAUCAUGCAGAGGAACGACAAAGAUAUAAUAAUCUUCAACCAUUGUUACAAGAAGUGGGGCAGCUUGGGUCAAAAAAUGUUGAAAGGUGCUUUGUUUUAACAGGGAUAUUGAAAGAAGCCAAAAAAAGAAUUAUAGAUAUAAAUAUUGGUGAUUCAUUUGAUGGUUAUCAGGACAGCAAUAAAAUAUAUGAAGAAUCAAGAAAUGAGAGCAAACAGUUUCACAGUCCUCUAAAAAGUUCUACAGUUGAUAAAAAGCAAGAUGAGUUAUCAAAUAUGAAUUCUCCAAGUAUGAUCGAUGAUGAGUCCAGUAAAAAUCAUCAAGUAGCUUUUGAAGUAACAAGGUGCACGCUGCUUUGGGGGACAAAUCAAUGGCCUACGGCCACUUUUGGUGUUGCUGAUGCAAUCAGCUUGACUUGGUGA